AUGCAUGUCGAGACGGGGGAUCGCGUGGCUUUACAAACUGCCCUGGGAAAAGUCAACGAGAAAGGGCAGGGAAAGAUUAGAUUGCUAUUUGACUUGGGUGGUCACAAAUCAUUUGUCACAAUUAAGGCCGCUCCUAGAUAUGAACUAGAAGUAAUUAGAAAAGAGUGGCUCGGAAUAAAAACAUUCGGUGUAGAAUCAAAAGAAACUAGUUUAAGAGAUGUAGUUAAGAUAGAUAUAACAGCCUUGACAGGCGGGAAGGUUACGCGAGUAGAAGCAUAUGUAGUGCCAAAUAUUUCUCAUAUUCAAAAUGAACACAUUGAGAUUGUGAAGAAAGAUUACCCGCACUUGAGAAAUCUUUGGUUUUCAGAUGUGUGCAAAGAGAAAGACGAGCUGGAGAUAGAUGUACUGAUAGGGGCAGAUUAUUUAUGGUGUUUCCAGAGUGGGCGUACCAUAAGGGGGGAGAUAGGUCAACCAGUUGCAGUAGAAACGAAGGUAGGAUGGGUGCUGUCAGGGCCUUUGAAGGGUAGAAUCAGUAGGGGCGGUUCAGAAACACAAGUGAACCUUAUAUCCAGGGAGAAUGUCAGGUCAGAGCAGGAUAGUAUAGACAGGGAUAUCCAUAAGUUAUGGGAUUUAGAAACCCUGGGAAUAAGAGAGAGUGAGGAUGUAAGUGAGGAGUUUGCUGAUACCAUACGAUUUACUGGGCAGAGGUAUUCAGUGAAAUUGCCAUGGAAGGAGAGCCACAGAACGCUGCCAAGCAAUUAUGAUAACAGUCUAGGAAGAAUGAAAAGCCAGGUUAAGAGGCUGAAGUGGGAGCCAGAGAUACUAGAAGAGUAUGAUGCAAUAGUUAAAGAGCAGCUAAGUUCGGGUAUCACAGAAAAGGUGGUUGAUCUUGAACCAAGAGGGAAAGUUCACUAUCUGCCACACCAGGCAGUAAUACGCAAGGAAGCAGCAACAACAAAGCUGCGGAUCGUAUAUGAUGCGUCAGCAAAAGAGAAUAAGAUGGGAAAAUUUACCUCACUAAAUGACUGUCUGCAUGUGGGGCCCUCACAUCUUGUCUAUGCCAGGAGAUUAAAGUAUAUUCCGGACGAUGGGACAGGGUGA